CCCGGGGCUGGGCGAGGCUGGAGACAGCGGGCAGCGUGCGCUCCCAGCCCGGGGCAGACAGACCAGGUCCCAGACAGUGACUCCCGGAACACCAGGGGCGUGCUGCGGGAAGCUCAGAGGAGGCGCUUCCCGGAGGAGCGGACAGCUGCAGGCUUUUACUAGCGGAAAUGGGGCGAUGUACCGGCCGAUACUGUAGUCCGGAGCGUCAACUCGGAAGGUCACGUGUGUAGGUUAGAUUCGUGUGUCCCUGCCGCUCCACAACAGUCCUGAGCCUUCCCGGUGCUGGGGUCACCGCGGUGGCCCACCCAGCCUCAGCCUCCAUGCGACGGAGCUCUCAGUUCAGUGGAGAAACAGAUGCUUCACCAGGAGAAAUACGAGUUGUACUCAGUAGAGCUGGGUCCUGGCCCUGGUGGGGACAUGGCAGCCAAGCUGAGCAAGAAGAAGGCAGGCAGUGGAGGGGGCAAGAGAAAGGAGAAGCUGGAGAACAUGAAGAAGGAGAUGGAGAUUAAUGACCACCAGCUGUCAGUAGCGGAGCUGGAACAGAAAUACCAGACCAGUGCGACCAAGGGCCUGUCUGCCAGCUUGGCUGCGGAGCUGCUGCUGCGGGAUGGGCCCAACGCACUGCGGCCACCAAAGGGUACCCCAGAGUACGUCAAGUUCGCACGGCAGUUGGCAGGUGGUCUGCAGUGCCUCAUGUGGGUGGCUGCUGCCAUCUGCCUCAUUGCCUUUGGCAUCCAAGCCAGUGAGGGUGACCUCACCACUGACGACAAUCUGUACUUGGCAGUGGCUCUCAUUGCUGUGGUUGUGGUCACCGGCUGCUUCGGCUACUAUCAGGAAUUUAAGAGCACCAACAUCAUCGCCAGCUUCAAGAACCUUGUGCCCCAGCAAGCAACUGUAAUCCGAGACGGGGACAAGUUCCAGAUCAAUGCCGACCAGCUUGUGGUGGGUGACCUGGUGGAGAUGAAAGGCGGGGACCGAGUGCCCGCCGAUAUCCGCAUCCUCCAAGCCCAGGGCUGCAAGGUGGACAACUCCUCGCUGACGGGAGAGUCGGAGCCACAGACCCGCUCCCCUGAGUGCACACACGAGAGCCCCCUGGAGACCCGCAACAUCGCCUUCUUCUCCACCAUGUGCCUUGAGGGCACAGCACAGGGCCUGGUGGUGAGCACGGGGGACCGUACCAUCAUCGGGCGCAUCGCAUCGCUGGCCUCUGGAGUGGAAAAUGAGAAAACACCCAUCGCUAUCGAGAUUGAACAUUUUGUGGACAUCAUUGCAGGCUUAGCCAUCCUCUUCGGGGCCACAUUUUUUGUGGUGGCCAUGUGCAUUGGCUACACCUUCCUGCGGGCGAUGGUCUUUUUCAUGGCCAUUGUGGUAGCCUAUGUACCUGAGGGGCUGCUGGCCACGGUCACGGUCUGCCUGUCUCUGACAGCCAAGAGGCUGGCCAGCAAGAACUGUGUAGUCAAGAACCUGGAAGCAGUGGAGACACUGGGCUCCACGUCAGUGAUCUGCUCUGACAAGACGGGGACCCUCACUCAGAACCGCAUGACUGUGUCCCAUCUGUGGUUUGACAACCACAUCCACUCAGCGGACACGACGGAAGAUCAGUCAGGGCAGACGUUUGACCAGUCCUCGGAGACAUGGCGGGCGCUGUGCCGCGUGCUCACCCUGUGCAACCGAGCUGCCUUCAAGUCGGGCCAGGACGCGGUGCCCGUGCCCAAGCGCAUCGUGAUCGGGGACGCAUCGGAGACCGCGCUGCUCAAGUUCUCCGAGCUGACGCUGGGCAACGCCAUGGGCUACCGAGAACGCUUCCCCAAAGUCUGCGAGAUCCCCUUCAACUCCACCAACAAGUUCCAGCUGUCCAUCCACACACUGGAGGACCCCCGGGACCCGCGGCACGUGUUGGUGAUGAAGGGCGCCCCCGAGCGCGUGCUGGAGCGCUGUAGCUCCAUCCUCAUCAAGGGCCAGGAGCUGCCCCUGGACGAGCAAUGGCGUGAGGCCUUCCAGACUGCCUACCUCAGCCUGGGAGGCCUGGGCGAACGCGUGCUGGGCUUCUGCCAGCUCUACCUGAGUGAGAAGGACUACCCGCCUGGCUAUGCCUUCGACGUGGAUGCCAUGAACUUUCCAACCAGUGGCCUGUGCUUCGCGGGACUUGUAUCCAUGAUAGACCCGCCCCGGGCCACUGUCCCUGAUGCUGUGCUCAAGUGCCGCACAGCAGGCAUCCGGGUGAUUAUGGUGACAGGCGACCACCCCAUCACAGCCAAGGCUAUUGCGGCCAGCGUGGGCAUCAUCUCUGAAGGCAGUGAGACAGUGGAGGACAUCGCUGCUCGUCUCCGUGUGCCUGUAGACCAGGUUAAUCGGAAGGAUGCCCGUGCCUGCGUGAUCAACGGCAUGCAGCUGAAGGACAUGGACCCGUCAGAGCUGGUUGAGGUGCUGCGCACCCACCCUGAGAUGGUGUUUGCUCGUACCAGUCCCCAGCAGAAGCUAGUGAUUGUGGAGAGCUGCCAGCGACUGGGUGCAAUCGUGGCUGUGACAGGGGAUGGUGUCAAUGACUCCCCAGCCCUGAAGAAGGCAGAUAUUGGUGUGGCCAUGGGCAUUGCUGGCUCAGAUGCUGCCAAAAAUGCAGCCGACAUGAUCCUGCUGGAUGACAACUUUGCCUCCAUCGUGACAGGCGUGGAGCAGGGCCGACUGAUCUUCGACAAUCUGAAGAAGUCCAUCGCUUACACACUGACCAAGAACAUCCCGGAACUGACGCCAUACCUCAUUUACAUCACUGUCAGUGUGCCCUUGCCCCUCGGGUGCAUCACUAUCCUCUUCAUAGAACUCUGCACUGACAUUUUCCCAUCUGUGUCCCUGGCAUAUGAGAAGGCCGAGAGUGACAUCAUGCAUCUGCGGCCACGGAACCCGAAGCGUGACCGAUUAGUCAACGAGCCCCUGGCUGCCUACUCCUACUUCCAGAUCGGUGCCAUCCAGUCAUUUGCUGGCUUCACUGACUACUUCACGGCCAUGGCCCAGGAGGGCUGGUUCCCAUUGCUGUGCGUGGGGCUGCGGCCACAAUGGGAGAACCACCACCUACAAGAUCUGCAGGACAGCUAUGGCCAGGAGUGGACAUUUGGGCAGCGCCUGUACCAGCAGUACACUUGCUACACCGUGUUCUUCAUCAGCAUCGAGAUGUGCCAGAUCGCUGACGUUCUCAUCAGAAAGACACGCCGCCUCUCUACCUUCCAGCAGGGCUUCUUCAGGAACAAGAUCCUGGUGCUUGCCAUCGUGUUCCAGGUCUGCAUCGGCUGCUUCCUGUGCUACUGCCCGGGAAUGCCCAACAUCUUCAACUUCAUGCCCAUUCGGUUCCAGUGGUGGCUGGUCCCCAUGCCCUUUGGCCUCCUCAUCUUCGUCUAUGAUGAGAUCCGAAAACUUGGAGUUCGCUGUUGCCCAGGGAGCUGGUGGGACCAGGAACUCUACUAUUAGAAGGACUGCUGCCUUCAAGUCAUCCCUGCCUCUACCACAGCCAGGCUGGGGCAAGAUUCAUGGGACUGUCUGGCAGUCACUCAAACACCUGAGCAAUCAAGAAUCCUAGCCUGACCUGUGGCUGUUCCUGUAGCCCAAGGCACCCCAACCUUGAAGAGACCCUCCCUACUGCCCUUCCCCAUCUAAAAGGGUCCUCGGCGCUGGCCUGGGGAAGCCCCCAUCUGAGGGGGGAGGUUUGAUGGGGAGGAGCUAGUAGCUCCUGUGAGGUGGGGUACUGGGGACUCUUUGUUAAAACACACUUGUGUCUGCGUAAUAGUAAUA